CGUCCGUGAACGGUUGGGGAUCGAUCGAGCCAUCAAUGCUUCCCCGCGACACUUCCCCCCUUCCCCUCCGUCUCUGUGCCCCGAAAUCCCCGUCACCCUCGCCCCGCGAGAGCUCCAACCACCCCCUUCGCCGCCUACGUCCUCUGAUCACGCCCUAAACCCUAGCUUUUCCCUUCCCCACGCCAUCGAUCCAAACCCUAGAAGCGCCUCUGCGUCGCUACCUCGCCCUCAAUCGCUCGGAUCCUGCGUUCCUCUCGAAGAAUUCGGUCGUUUUCGUCGUCUCUGCGGAGGGGAGAUCUCCUUGUUGGAAUCAAUGGUUUCCGGGGAGUAAUUGGAGGUGAUUUGAGGGGAAUUAGCGCCCGAUUCGAUCUACUUCACCAUUGUAGGGAGCAGGGAUGCGAAUAUCGAGGAAGAUCUCGCUUGCUGAUCACCUAUGUUUCGGCGAAUGAGAUGCCUUGUCGGCUUGGAUCCGAAGAGCGCGCCAUCGAGGAGGAUUUUGAGCUCCAAGAGCGCUCCUUCGUCGCAACGGAGGGCCGUUGUGUUCAAGCCACCAGAUAUGUUGGAGACACUGCACGAGAUCGCUAUUUACAUACAUCGGUUCCAUAAUCUCGAUCUCUUCCAACAAGGAUGGUACCAAAUAAAGGUUAGUGUAAGAUGGGAGGAUAGUAGCCGAGAAUCUUGCGGUACUCCUGCGAGAGUCGUGCAGUACGAAGCUCCUGACGUCGGCUCGGAUGAUGUCUUGGGCAUUUGGAAGAUAGAUGAUGCUGACCACAGUUUCUAUACCCAGCCUUUUCGAAUCAAAUACGCUAGACAGGAUGUUUACCUGUGUGUUAUGGUCUCUUUUAACUUGCUUAUAGGGCAAGAUGAGGGUCCAUCAACUUCUGCAGUAAUACUGAAAUUUGAGCUUAUGUAUGCUCCAUUCUUGGAAAAUGGUUAUGAGACACAGACUUCUUUUGAUGUUCCGGCUGCAGUCCACGAAUUCAGGGUUCCUUAUAAAGCACUGCUUGGCUUGCAUUCAUAUUGUCCCGUCCAUUUCGAUGUUUUCCAUUCUGUGCUUGUGGAUCUGACUAUUCACAUUGCUUUUCUCAAAUCCGGUACAGCCACAUCUUCAUUGAAGGUACCCAGUACUGGUAACAUGGUGGAAAAUGUUGCUGAUGAGCAUUCUCAAACACCUAAUCAAAUAUUGAAUCAAGGUUUGGGAUCAAAAGCAAUAGAAAUCAUUAACUCGUUAUUAGCUUCUCGUGGAAUACUUCUUGCAGAACUCCAAAAGAUCAGUGAAGCAAUUGGUCAGACGAUUGAUGAUUUACAGGAUGCUGACUUGAAUCUUGGUAGAUUUGAGUUGAUCAACUCUUCUUUGAAACCAAGAUUGCCUGGUUCUAGUGCUGGAAGUUCUAACAAGAAGAUGGGUGUUGGACAGCUGGCUGGAAUUUUACAAAAUAUUUUGGAGAAAUCAGAUGGCAUGGUUGACUUUGGAAAUGAUGUUAUGCUGUAUACUCUUUCUAAGGAAGAAUUAUUGGAUUUAUUUCUCACUGUGGGCAACCAACUUUCAUUUAUUUGGAAUGCUUUUCUGAACUUCCAUAGGAUAAAUAGAAUCAAGAUAAUUGAACAUUUGUAUGAUGUCUGGGCUGCUGAUCGGAAGGCAGAAUGGUCAAUAUGGACGGUCCAUUCAAAGAUUGACAUGCCAACUCACUACUUGAGAAGUGGAGCUGAUGACUCUUCACAUCGUAACUCGCUUGGCAAAGUUGUAGUUUCAAGGAAGUUCAGCGAUGAUCCGGCACAAAGUGCGAUUUCACGUGCUGAACUCCAUAGGAAAAGCAUUGCACAAAUGAAGAUCAACACUCGGUCUAUACAAGAUAUGCACAUCUUUGGUGACCCUUCGCGUGUUCCUGUUGUUCUUAUAGAGCAGCAUGUCAUGAAUGUUCCACAGCAUGGUUCUAGCAAAAAUUUGUCAUUGAACUUAAUGGAUCAGAAUGAUACUGCUGCACUACCCAGAAGGCCUGUAGAACAUGGCAUGCCCAAAGUUAACAGCGGUAAAAGAAGUGGUCGCGUACUGAAAGUUGUCAUCUUUGUGCAUGGAUUUCAGGGACACCAUCUGGAUCUAAGGCUUGUUCGGAAUCAGUGGCUUCUAUUAGAUCCUGGAGCCGAGUGUCUCAUGUCAGAGGCCAAUGAAGAUAAAACGUCUGGAGACUUCCGAGAAAUGGGUAGGAGGUUGGCUGAAGAAGUGAUUACUUUCCUUAAGAAAAAGAUGGAUAAACUUGCAAGAUAUGGAGGCUGCAAAGACAUAAAGCUUAGUUUCGUUGGGCAUUCCAUUGGAAACAUCAUUAUAAGAAGUGCAUUAUCAGAGAGUGCGAUGGGGCCUUUCCUGAAGCACCUAUAUACGUACGUGUCAUUAUCUGGCCCACACUUGGGUUAUUGGUACAGCUCAAACUCUUUGUUCAAUUCUGGACUCUGGCUUCUAAAGAAGCUAAAGGGAGCUCAAUGCAUCCAUCAGCUCACAUUCACUGACGAUCAAGAUCUCCCGAAUACUUUUUUUUACAAGCUCUGUAAGCAAAAAACUUUGGAGAAUUUCAAGAACAUUAUCCUUUUGUCAUCACCGCAGGAUGGUUACGUUCCAUAUCAUUCAGCCAGAAUCGAGCUAUGCCCGGCAUCUUCUUGGGAUAAUUCGAAGAAGGCACAGAUUUUCAUGGAAAUGCUGAACAAUUGCCUGGACCAGAUACGUGCACCGACCUCCGAAAGGAGAGUAUUCAUGCGUUGCGACGUGAACUUCGAUACUUCUUUGCAAGGGAGAAAUUUAAAUACCAUAAUCGGGCGUGCUGCUCAUAUCGAGUUCCUCGAGACAGACACUUUUGCAAAGUUCAUCAUGUGGUCAUUCCCUGAACUCUUCCUCUGAUGGCUUGCUUCAUAUUAUAGAUUAGAGAAAAUCCCUAUUUUAACAAUAUAGAAGUUAUUUAACUACCAAGCAAGAGGAGAUGAGAUAUUUUAGUUGUUCAAUGAAGAGAUCUGGGGCAGAGCUGAGUACCUAACUUGAGAUUUUCAUGUUAUUGUAAAGUUUUGUUUCAUUAGCUGGAAUUGUUUUGGUUAGAGAGGUGUAUAAAUAUUUAUUGUUGUUAAUUUCCAAGUGUAAUUAUGUUGUUAUGUUCAGCGUUCUGAUUAUAUUAUUGUGUGAGGGUAUGCUUGUGUCGAAAAUUAGUGUUUUACAGGUCUAGAUGAUCUAGAGAGGUAUUGAAAUCUAAUUUAUUGGUUUAGAUUUUAGCUCUUUUAUAACUGAUGGUGGAAUAAGAAGUGUAUGACUUAUUUGA